GUUCCGAAGCUGCUCUAUUCCGUUUGUUUUGUUGCUUUUUAAAAGUGUGCUUUGUAGCCUAAUAGCGACUUUACCCAGGCUCGGAUCCACUCCUUGCGUCCGUGGACUACCUCUCUCCAUUGUUCUUCGUGGCCUUUCUCCGCUGGAGAUCUGUUAGCGGAUUGUCUGACUGACCGACUGACUACAACCUUUUUGUAUACGGUAUUUAAUUUGUUUUGGUGUGAUGUAUACCGUGAUGAUUUAUGUAGCUAGUAGUAGAUGAGGACUUAUUAAGAUUGGAUAAGCUUUAUGGUUGUGUGGUAAAAUAAUUGUUAUUUUGAUUGUAUGAUUGAUACUGGGUUUACGCUACACUUGUAUGAACGGACAAACAUUGGGUGACUAAGGUCACUUUAGUUCCCUGAACUCUUUUAGGCCCCAGGACCUUUCUGGAGGAACCAGAACUCAUGUGUUUAAUUAUUGUGUGUGAUCAUUUGUUGGUAAUACAACCCACGCAAAAGAAUACCGUCAUUUCCAAUGUUUUAAGGGUUUAUUAAAAGUGUAUUUCCAGUCCUUUGUAUUGGUGUAGACAUGACGGACCAGAUGGGACUCAUUCCCUCCCAAACCAAAAGGAGAAACCAAUAUUUUCUCUGUAUGGGUUUCCUCCUGAACCAGACUGGUAACGGUCACCUCCACUCCCACGGGGGUCAUGGUCACUCACACGGUGUUCCCCCUCCACCCUCACAUGGCCACAGCCACGGUGGCCCCCCAGCCCAGGGGCCCCAGGGCAGCCUGGCAGUCAGGGCAGCCUUCAUCCAUGCACUGGGAGACCUGGUCCAGAGUAUAGGGGUCCUCAUAGCUGCCUACAUCGUACGCUUCAAGCCAGAGUACAAGCUGGCGGACCCCAUCUGUACCUACAUCUUCUCUAUCCUGGUGCUGUUCACAACGAUACGCAUCAUACGGGACACGGGAGUCAUCGUCCUCGAGGGGGCACCCAGGCAUGUGGACGUUCAGCGAAUCAGAGAAGACCUUCUGAAGUUGGAGGACGUCCAAUCAGUUGACGAGCUCAACGUGUGGGCAUUAACCGGUGACAAGACCUCCGCCCUCGCACACCUGCUGCUCUCGCCCUCUAGUGCCAGUGCGUGGGAGGACGUGCAGGCCAAGGCCAGACACCUGUUGAUCCACACCUACGGCCUGACCAAGUGCACCGUGCAGGUCCAGACACACAGAAACAGGGCUACACGCACCUGUACACACUGCCGAGAGUCCACCGCAUAGCCUGAAUUAAACACACACAGUCUGAGGACGUUAAACCAGACUGGUGCCAAAGCGUAGUGAACUGAUCUGGUCUAUGCCAUCGCCAGGAUAUUCGGACUGACAGUCAGAUGCACAUUUUAUUUUUAAAGGACAGCUGAUUCCUCCUGGGCUGUUGACCUGCUUGCAAAGCUUUCUGAAGAGGGGUUGAAAGAAUCUUAACUUUCCAACAAAAACAAAAGAUCUAUAAUCACCAUUAAAGCCUGUAAAUGUUCAACAUUGUUCCUUUUUUUGGUACUUCUAUAAUUGAACUGUGUUAAUGUUUGUUUGAGCGCUCUAUACUUUGACUGUAGGUGUUAUAUUGUUUCCAGUGGGGAAACAACAGGGAAUGUGUCUCUGGGUUUAUCUUAAUUCUAUUUCUUUGAUUCCUUGCAUCCUCUCUUCUUGCUGCCUCAACACAUCGGAGGAGAAGUUCAGAGGGAGGGAGGGGGGGGGGGGGGGGGCGCAUCAGAUUCAGGACAAUUAAGAUUCACUGUCUGUCAUCCUCUCCUCACAAGGUAGAACCACUGGGAUCUACUCUGACCUGUUAAGGACCAAUCCUAACACGAUAUGCACCUGUAUGUAAAGUCUGGCACGCCAAUGCAACAACUUACACAGAAAUGCAAGUUAACUGUGUGAUUAUCUGACGUUAGUAUUGGUCUUCUAGUGUAUCAGUGUUUGACUAGGUUGAUGUGAGGCUGUGUCUGAAUGCUACUAGCUGUCCAAUCCUUUCUUCCUCUGAGGAGUUGAGGAAACAAGGACAAAGUUAAUUGGCGGAGAGGAUCCAAGGUCCUACCCUCUGACGACCAAUGAGCUUUGAGAGGAAUUGAGGGGGGGGGACUGAGGAAGCUAGUAACGUUUUCAGGCACAGCCAGAAAUGAGGCCCAGGCUGUCUCUAAAAGGUUAAUUCAUACAUCUGAUUGUAUUAUUGAUCUGAUGACCGUGUCCAUAUUGCCUUUGCUAAUGUGUUUGAAAAUGGCUUCUCCUUUACUGACCGUGUUGAACCAGUAGACAGAGAGGAUGUGUUAUGUUGAAAGGGUGAUCUGAAUUUAGAGUACUGACCACACACACUGUGUUGUUUCUUUAACAGGAAACUGACUUUGAAUCAUGUUUAAUACAUGACUACUGCUUCUAGUUAAUAUCAGCCAGUUUUAUUUGCUUAUCAGAUUGAUUCUGUCAACAUUUCAGAAAUGCAGUAUUGUUCCAUAAGCAUUGAGGGCUGUGAGAUGCCAAUAUUUAUCAUAUGCAUAAUUCAGUCAUUGUGUGCGUAUAUAAAUACAUUUGGCAUUGUCUUCGGGUCUUGGUUGGUUCCUUAAACCACUGUCAGUCUUCCUGUCCAAGCUUAUCAACAUGUUGAGUGGAACAGACUAAAAUGACAUUUUCUUUAACUGCAAAUCAGUUCAGUAUAUGCAUUACCUGCCUUGUUGCUCUUGUUUUGAUUUAUUUAAUUUUAAAAGGUAUUUGGUCUCAUGUCAGGGUUGGCUCUCUACAGCAGCACUCACCAGUGUUUCAUUGAUUUGCACAUUCAUUCCUUCAGUCUGAACACUUAAGGCUCUGCUCCUAUAUCCAUACUUGUGUACUACGGAUACGUCCCAAAUGGCAUACUUUAAGUGGUAUACUAAUAUGGGCAUUGGAACCGAGACUUCUAUUCCCUUAACAUCAGGAUGCAGUAUUACCUGGUUGAUCACAUGAUCAGCUGUUUGUUUAAAUGAUUCAUGGUUAUCAGAGUUAAUUUAUCACUAGACUGAGACCUGUCUGAGUCUGUCACUCUCACUUCCCUUUACUCAACUGGCAGAUCCAUUGACUGGAAACAUGUGAAUAAAGAACCUGUUACAUUUAGAAAUAAAUGUCUUUUGAACACUGA